AUGGCAUCCGGAACGUAUCCCAUCAAGGGUCUCCCUGUGCCAACUGGCGGGCCAAUUCCUCAGCGGGAGGAGAUCACGGCCUGGCGCAACAACACUGAAAACGCCAUUAAGGUGUCACUGUUCAUCCAGGCCAUGAACAUCUUUCAGGCUAUGGACCCAGACGAUAAGCUCUCUUAUUAUCAGGUAGCUGGAAUUCACGGUCUUCCAGCUCAGUCUUGGGACACCGACCCAGCUCCCGACCCGAAUCAGAAGAUACCCAUCAAUGGCACGCCAGAGUUCUACUGCCCCCAUGGAUCUCUCAUCUUCCCUACCUGGCACCGAGCCUACCUCGCUCUCUUCGAGCAGUUGCUCAGUGGUAUCAUGCAAGAGCAGAUUCUCCCGACCAUUGCGGACAAGGUCGUGCGAGAAGUCUGGGCCUUGGAGGCUCAGCGUUGGCGCAUGCCUUACUGGGACUGGGCCGCGCCUCAGGAGUAUAUUCAGUCCUGUGGAGUACCCGAGAUCGUGUCCCAGCCCAACGUCAAUAUUAUUUCUCCAGGAGGUGCUCUGCAGUCGGUACCGAACCCUUUGUACAAGUUCUCAACUUCUGUCAUCAGUAAGUUCAAGGGGACUACACCUGUCAUGGGCAAUUCCAUGGCGUUUGGCAAGUGGGCAAUUUUGAACGAUGAUGCAUUCUCUGAGUGCUCAGGCACUAGCCGUUAUGGGAUCACCGACAAAAAGACUCCGACACCGAAGGAAGCUUUAGGCGUCGAGAACAACAGCUCCGUUGCUAAUGCUCUCGAAACACCUCAAUGGGUCAAGGUGGAGGGGUCGAGAUUGGAUCCUGAUAUGAAGGGUUCUCUCCAAGAUCAGGUCCAUCGCCUUUUGACACCGGGGUACUUCGCAAACUAUGCCACUUUUGCUACUACUGAAUACGCCAACAAUGAUCUCAACCCCCCUCCCGCUACCGGCUGGUCGUCUCUCGAGUUCCUCCACAACUGUAUUCACGUCUGGACCGGUGGAGCAGACGUUAGCCCAGGUAUGGGCCACAUGUCUGUACUCACGGUUGCCGCAUUCGAUCCUAUCUUCUGGCUGCACCAUUGUAACGUUGACCGGCAACUGGCCAUUUUCCAGAAGCUCAACCCGGAACAUUGGUUUGAUGGAGGAUCUCCAACCAAAGAUGAGACAGCAGAUGGUCCUCUGCACCCUUUCCAUUCUGAUACAAACGCCACCCUCGUUACGUCGAACGUCGUGAAGGACAUCACGAGCUACGGCUAUACGUACGACAACCUCAACGUCCCCGUUGACGAUUUGAAGAAAGCCAUCAACGAGAAGUAUGGCGGUCUUCGAAAGCAUCUCAACAAGAACCCUAAUCUGGAAGGACGGACGAAUGAUUACCUCAUCAACGUCCAGUACGACCGAUUCGCCUUGAAUGGAAAGAGCUAUGCCGUCCAUUUCUUCCUCAAAGGAGAUAUUCCCAGCGAGCCUUCCAAAUACAGAGGGUCGCCUAGUCACAUUGGCAGCAUCCACACCUUCUCAACCAAUUACUGGACUGCUGGCAACAGGAACGGGGUGGACUGCCAGAACUGCCAGAGUCAGCAGGAAAGGGGAGUCAAGGCCAAGGCGCAGAUUCCGAUCACCUUGGAGCUGUUGUUCCGCGCUGUGAGCAGCGAUGACUUGUGGUCGGAUCUAAGGAAUCUCGAGUCCAAUCAUGUUCAGCAGUAUCUCGAGCAGCACUUGAAAUGGGUUGUUGUUGCUGUGCCAGGAGAAGUUGUCCAGACGGAGAACCUCCCGGGUCUCAAAGUCGUGGUUCACGCAGGCAAGGGUCACCACCCGGAGGACACGACUCAACCGUCCAAGUUCCACAGCUACAGACCCAUGUGGAGUGUCACGCAUGGCAAGGCCGGUGGAGCGCGGCGCGAGGAUAAUGUCGUGCAUCCUGAUGAGCUUCAGGGCUAG